UGGGAGCGAUUUUGAAUGAGUCGUAUGCUGGGUUGCGCGGUAAUUGAUGUUGGUAUGCCCGCUGGGAAAGCUGCGAGUGUCUGGAUUUUAUGGAAGCGCUCCGUGAUCUGUUCCUUGACUGGAGAUUGCCGGAAGUGCUCUCUCGCUCGGCUAUUUCAUCGAUUGUGUCGAUGAGAGCCCGGGCGUCGGCGACCCAUUCAGUAAAGUGCCGGUAAUCUUCUAGUAGGGGGUCAUUUGGGCCCGGACGUUGAAAGCUCUCAUAUAUUCUUUCCUCCUCGGGUAGGUUAUCCGGAUCAAUUUUUUUCAUAAAUUCUGCCCACUCCCGGUUUAAAUUUUCUAUCCUUACGGUAUUACUUGCCAACUGCUUGCGAAGUUUGUGUAGUAGUUGGAGUUGCUGUUCUUCUAACACCUCUUGUUGGGCGGUGAUGACGUUGGUAGCUUCGUUGAUGUUGGUUUUGAGUUGUCUGAUGGCUGGGACGAUCAUUCGGCGGAUUGGUCCCGACGACAUGUUGAAUGAAAUUAUGUAGAUUUGUUGAGUUGUGACGGUAGAUAGAUGAGUAGUGUAGACUGUAGAGUUGUGAUGGUUGAGAAGUUCUGUAGUUGAAGAUCUAAUUGGGCGAUCUGGUGAGUGUAGAACUGAUGAGUCGAAUUGAAGUGUCGACAGAAGAAGUAGUGUUGAGUUGGCUGGAAGUUGCCUGUCGGUUGAAAAACAGAAGAAAA